UUCUUAAUCUUAUCAGGUUGUUCAAAGUGCCACCACCGAUCGCGACCUCCGCCGCCUCUGUUCUCGUGCAGCGCAGCGUCACCGCCGUUAGGGUCCCGGCCGCGGAGGAAGUGCACUUCUCUCUACUCGUGUCCACGCCUCAACUAUACGUCCUGUGGAGCUGUCUCAGUGCGGACUCUCCGUUUGGGGUUUUCGUUCGCCUCGUGGUUGUUAGGUCCCCCUUCAGUGCGCCCUCGUGCUUGCAGGAGCUGUGGCUCAAUUGACUUGAAGUGAAGUCUAUUGUUAUCCAUGGCCUAAAGUGAUACAGAGAAGAUGGUUACUGGAUUCUAGAUAAAAAAAAUUCCUUUUCUUUUCCUGCAUGAUUUGUAUACAGAACUGAGCAUGGAAAGGAAGCAUGUUCUUGUUUAUUCUAGCACCUAAAGUGAAAGAAAUAAAAUAUUUCUGAGAUUUGCAUGAUGGAAUGCAACAAGGAAGAGGCUUAUAGAGCCCGAGAAAUGGCAGAAAAGAAGAUGCAAAACAGUGAUUUUAGUGGUGCACUAAAGAUUGCUGAAAAAGCCCAACAUUUGUUCCCUGAGGUUGAGAACAUUUUGCAGAUGCUAACUGUCUGUGAAGUUCACUGUGCUGCUAAUAUUAAAGUUAAUGGACAUGUAGAUUGGUAUGGGAUUUUACAACUAGGUCCAACAGCAGAUGACUCAUCCAUCAAGAAACAAUACCGAAAGCUCGCACUUCUACUUCAUCCUGAUAAAAAUCAAUUUGCAGGUGCCGAAGCUGCAUUCAAGAUAAUUGGCGAAGCACAUACAAUCUUGUCUGAUCGAACAAGACGACAACUUUAUGACACUAGACGAAAUGCCAUCACCAAACCUGCCCAUUCCAAGCAGUUUGCUCCACAAUCAGAGAAGAGCUUUAUUUCUAAAAGGGACUUUAAUGCACAGCACAGUAAGGGCCCCCAUCAUCAUCAACAACCAUCACCACCACUUUCAUCAUUUGGUACUUCUCAGACUUUCUGGACCAUUUGCCCUGGUUGUAGCACGAGAUACCAGUUCUUCUGCAGCAUUUUGAAAAAAUCUAUUCGCUGUCAGAAUUGUUUGAUUCCCUUUGUUGCAUUUCAGUUGAACACAAAAGAUGGAUUUGGAAUACAUCAGCAGGAUCCAGUUCAGAAAACCGAUAAUGCUAAACCAAAAGGUCAAACUGGAAACCCCCCUUCUAAGGAAUAUAUAGCUGGAGAAUCGAGGGCUCACUUUGAGUAUGGAGAUAGAACUAAAAAUGUGACGACAGAUGGAGUGGGUUCAAAUAAUAAGGUUAAGUUUGUAAAGAUUAAAUCGAGUGAGUUGCAUCAGCAUGAGGAGGAACCUAAGCCUCCAAAAGGAAAUGUGAAUAUGGAUAGGGGCAGAAAGAAGGAUGUGAAGUCCAGAUAUUCGGAUAAAACUAAUGAUGAAGAUGAUCCUCUAGCACAGAUUUCUUCAUUGCCAGUGUCAAAGUCUGCUAGGCGCAAGCAGAACAUUAACUUCAAUGAAGUUCAAAGCGAAGAUGAUGAUGACUUUGUAAAUCAUCAUCGUCACAAAAAGUCGAGGUGUGACACAUCCAGUGGGGUGCACAAAACAGAGUAUUUUUGUUCUGCUAGCAAAAACCUUAAAUUAGGAUCUGAAUUCACUAACUCUGCUGAUCUCAGUAAGGAGAACAAGCAAAAUAAAGGUACCCUAGCAAAGGAGGAGGUGUCAUAUGAGAGUAAAAGGGCUGACAAAGAUCCAAUAUCAGGAAACAAAGAAGAUACUAUGGAAGAAAAAAAACCAGGGACUGGUUCUAAGUCUCAGUCUGAUUCUGUCUCUAGCACCAUCCCUGAACAACGCACAUUUACAUAUCCUGAUACACAAUUUUUUGAUUUUGAGAAGCUGAGGGAUGUAAAUGAGUUUGCCGUUGAUCAGAUAUGGGCGGUCUAUGAUAAUCUAGAUGGGAUGCCUCGAUUCUAUGCUCAAAUCCGUCGUAUCUACGCUCAACAGUUCAAGUUUCGGUUUACCUGGCUUGAACAUACCCCCUUGAAUGAAGAUGAGACAACCUGGUCUGAUGCAGAUUUGCCAGUUGGUUGUGGGAAUUAUGAACUAGGAUCUUCUCAAUUCGCUGAAGAUCGAUUAAUGUUCUCUCACAUUAUCUCUUGGGAAAAGGGGAAAAGGAAGAAGUCAUAUAAUAUACAUCCUAGAAAGGGUGAGGCUUGGGCUCUGUUCAAGGACUGGAGCAUUGAGUGGAGCUUGGUAGCUGACAACCGGUUGUUUGAAUACGAAGUUGUACUACUCCUUUCAGAUUUUGAUGGAUCUGGAAUUUGUGUGGCUCCCUUACUUAAAAUAGAAGGAUUUUUAAGUUUGUUUGUGCAAGCAAAAGAUAAAUCAUUUGUCAUACCGCCCAAUGAAACACUUAGGUUCUCUCAUAAAAUCCCUUCUUACAGGUUGACUGGGAAGGAAAAAGAAGGUAUUCCUGAAGGUUGCCUGGAACUUGAUCCUGCAUCUUUACCUCUCAAUUUUUCAGAUACAUUUCCUUCUGUUAGUCUUUCAGAGAGAAUUGGGGAUUUGGAUCAGUUUGGUGAUUCAUGUUUGAAUUCUAUAUCUCAAGAGGAACCUAGGAUCAAUAUGGUCCAUAAUGUAGAGUGCAGUUUAAAUGAAGAAUGGUUUCCUGAUAUGAAACAGAUUCAACAAACUGAAAAACAGGUAAAACAGAAUCAAGAAAGUGAGAAUCACCAUUUUUCCCCCUUGAGGAACACCAAAAGUGACCCACUGCAAGCUAAAGUAGAGAUCAAGGAGAAAGAUAGUUUGGAUGAUAGGGACCUAAACUAUAGUUCAAUGGAAAAUUUCAAACUGCCUGCUUUCAAAUUUCAUGAAGCAAUAUUCAACAAUUUUGGUGAAGGGAAGUCGAUCAAAAACCUCCAACGUGGACAGAUUUGGGCUUUACACAGUGACACAAAUAAGUAUCCCCAAAACUAUGCAUGGGUAAAGAAAAUCUUUCCAGAAGAACGUAUACUGCACAUGGGAUGCCUUGAGGUCUGCCCUGUUUUUCAGGAGGAGAUGCGAUGGGUGGAAGAGGGCAUGCCAAUUUCAUGUGGAAAAUUUAAGGUGGAACAACAGAGCACGAUAACUGUGAAACUUGAUAUGCUUUCUCAUCCUGUGCAAGCCAAACUAAUUGAGAGAAGAAAGAAAUAUCUCAUUCUUCCUAGCUGUGGUGAGAUUUGGGCUGUGUAUAAAAACUGGACUGUUGGAUGGAGACUUUCAAAUUUGAAUACCUGCGAGUAUGAUGUGGUUGAAAUUGGUGAACGCACUGAUGCUGGCUUCGGAGUUAAACUAUUGAAGAGCAUUAAUGGCUACAAAGCUGUUUUCAAACCUGAGAUAGAAGGAAAACCUGUGGAGAUACCUAUGGAUGAAUGUAUUAGAUUCUCUCAUAAGAUACCUUCAUUCCCUCUUAGUAUCGAAACAGGGGAAGUACUGCAGGAUUGCUGGCAACUGGAUGUUGCAUCUGUUCCCAACUGAUGUUUGAAUGUCCACUCUAUUUCGUAACCCUUUAAGCAUUUUGGCGACGAUGCAGUUUUAAUGGUUUGGGGGUGUUGAAGAUGAAAAUUUGAACUUGUACUGAUCAUGCUGAUACAAACCUUCUCUUCUUCCCCUCUAGUUUUGCAGGUGUAACCAUUUGCUGCUGCGUUGGAUGUUGCAGAGCUGGCUUUAUAUUUCAUUUUUUGAGUAAGAUCUGCUAUCUAUGGUUGGCACUAUGAAUGUCUGUAAAAAUGUAAGCAGGUUUAUUCAAAAAAAAAAAGAAAAAAAAAAUUUAGAUGCAAUCUUGCACUUUAGUGAAAUCUAUGUUGUUGGACUUCAUCACUGUUUACAUGUCACUCCAAUUGGUUU